CACCGACCGGGGGAGGCUGGGAAAGGCUGCGCUCUGGGUUGGAAUGAUCCACAGUAUUUUUUUUCUCUUUGCAGAUAGAGAGCCCCAGACGACGAGGCAACUACAUUCGACGCUUUGAACAGUAAACGAUGAAGAUAUUCUUCACUGCCGACCAUUUUCAACUGAGAACGGGGUCGGCGGAUGAUUUGUGAAGAAUGGAAUUUAGAGGAAGAAACUAGCUGGGCUAAGCCUUUCGCCCUCUGUAGUCUUCACAGAGGAGGGGCAUUGGGGCUUUGUAGCAUUGCAGAUCCUGAAUUGAUGCAUUUUUUGGUUACUGCAUAAUGGAUAACCACAUAUACCAGCAAAUCGGAAGAUCUUGUUGUAUGUUUUGUAGCAGGCAUUAGUUUCCUUUGGAUGAUCUGUAGGUGAAGGAUUGAAAUAGCCUACGAAAGGAAAUACUAUCAUCAACUCAGUUACGUCAAAAUCUGCCGGCCAGGGCAGGGUCGGCAAUUGGGAAGUCUCGUAUGUCUCCAGGGAGAGUAAAUUGGGGGAAAUGAAGAGGUACGUUUUGCCUCACGCACAUUUUGCGUCCUCUACCGAUACAUUUAGACGAAGGGCGUCAUGAUUGAUUACCUUUAGUUCUCCUUGGAACUUUUUUUUAAGGUGAGGUAGGCUGCUGUGCUUCUCACCGGUGCGGUUUUUAGCGUAUCACGGGCUAUAGGCUGUAAAUAAUCCACUCCUUUGCCAACUUGAAACAUUUUAAUCAUGUCGGGGGAAGUGCGUUUGAAGAAACUGGAGAAACUGAUUUUGGAUGGCCCAGCUCAGUCCAACGGCCAGUGCCUCAGCGUGGAAACAUUAUUGGAUAUACUCGUCUGCCUCUAUGAUGAGUGCAACAACUCGCCCAUCAGAAGAGAGAAAAACAUUUUGGAGUUUCUGGAAUUGGCCAAACCCUUCACCUGCAAGGUGAAGCAGAUGCGUCUGCGAAGGGAGGAUUUCGAGAUCCUGAAGGUCAUCGGCCGAGGCGCAUUUGGAGAGGUUGCCGUGGUGAAGGUGAAGAACACAGACAAGGUGUUUGCCAUGAAGAUCCUCAACAAGUGGGAGAUGCUGAAGAGAGCUGAGACGGCGUGCUUCCGCGAGGAGAGGGACGUGCUGGUCAACGGAGACUGCCAAUGGAUCACCACGCUGCACUACGCCUUCCAGGACGAGAACAACCUGUACUUGGUGAUGGACUACUAUGUAGGCGGAGACCUGCUGACUCUGCUCAGUAAGUUCGAGGACCGGCUGCCGGAGGACAUGUCCAAGUUCUACCUGGCCGAGAUGGUGCUGGCCAUCCACUCCGUCCACGAGCUGCACUACGUCCACAGGGAUAUCAAGCCAGACAACAUCCUGAUGGACGUGAAUGGCCACAUACGAUUGGCUGAUUUUGGCUCGUGCCUCAAGCUAAUGGAUGAUGGGACUGUGCAGUCGUCGGUUGCGGUGGGCACGCCGGACUACAUCUCCCCGGAGAUCCUGCAGGCCAUGGAGGACGGGAAGGGCAAGUACGGCCCCGAGUGCGACUGGUGGUCCCUGGGCGUGUGCAUGUACGAGAUGCUCUACGGAGAGACGCCCUUUUACGCCGAGUCGCUAGUGGAGACCUACGGCAAGAUCAUGAACCACAAGGAGCGGUUCCAGUUCCCCAUUCAGGUGUCGGACGUGUCGGAGGAUGCCAAGGACCUGAUGCGCCGUCUCAUCUGUAGCCGAGAGCACCGACUGGGCCAGAACGGCAUCCUGGACUUCAAGCAGCACCCGUUCUUCGCAGGCAUCGACUGGGACAACAUCCGCUCCUGCGAGGCCCCCUACAUCCCCGAAGUCAGCAGCCCCACCGACACCUCCAACUUCGACGUGGAUGACGACUGCCUCAAGAACUCGGAGACGUUGCCACCUCCCUCACACACCGCCUUCCCCGGUCACCACUUUCCUUUCGUGGGCUUCACGUACACCAGCAAAUGCACCCUGUCUGACCGUGGCUGUCUGCGUGAGUGUGGAGGUGGAGGUGGAGGUGGUGGUGGUGGUGGUGGUGGGGGUGGUGGUGCCCCUGCUCAGUCCCCCCUGGACGCGACGGUGCAGCGCAGCCUGGAGGAGAGCCUGGCCUCAGAGGCCUACGAGAGGAGGAUCCGCCGGCUGGAGCAGGAGAAGCUGGAGCUCAGCCGCAAGCUGCAGGAGUCCACCCAGACAGUGCAGGCCCAGUACCCCAACUCGGACGCUCCGCCUGGCAACAACAACAGAGAGGUGGAGAUCAGGAGCCUCAAGAGCGAGAUCGACCUCCUCAAGAAACAGAUCGAAGAGUCUGGUCAGUUGGAGCAGAAGCUGGAGGAGGCGACCACGGUGCGCCGAGACCUGGAGGACUCGUCCAAACACAUCAGGAACCUGGAGAAGCAGAUCAAAGGCGUCACACAGGAAAGAGACGAACUGCACAAGGAAAUGCUGGAGCAGGCGGAGCGGCUGAAGGGCCAGUCCAAGGAGCUGAAGGACGCUCACAGCCAGCGCAAGCUGGCCAUGCAGGAGUUCUCGGAGAUGAGCGAGCGGCAGAGUGACCUGCGCUCGCACAAGCAGCGGCUCGCGCGCCAGCUCCGCGACAAGGAGGACGAGCUGGAGGCCAUGAGCCAGAAGGCCGAGGGGCUGAGGCUGGAGCUGCGCAAGGCCGACAGGGGCCGCAAGGAGUUUGAGGCCCAAUGUGAGGAGCAGUCAGCUGAGGCUCAGAAGGAGAGGAAACUGAGGGAGUGCAGCGAGCAGUACAGCAGACAACUGGAGGAGGAACUGGAGAUGGUGAAGCAGAAGCCCGUGUCCUCCUCCUCCUCUGACGGCGCGGUGGUCAGUUCUGUGUCCGGCGGCGGCGGCGGCGGCGGCGAUCAGGACCAGGAGGCGCUGCGUCUGCGUGCGGAGCUGGAGCGGCGGGCGGUGCAGCUGGAGGAGGAGCGCGUGCGCCGGGACGGACAGCACGCCGCCGAGCUCAAGGGCCUGCGCAAGGAGCUGCACGACGCCGAGGCCCAGCACCUCGCCCUGCACAAGGAGAUCCUGGUGCUCAAGGACAAGCUGGAGAAGACGCGCCGCGAGAGUCAAAGUGAGCGAGAGGAGUUUGAGACCGAAUACAAGCAGAAGCACGAGAGGGAGAGAACCUUACUGACAGAGGAGAACAAGAAGCUCUCCAGUGAACUGGACAAGGUGACGGCGCUGUAUGAGCAGCUGAGUGUGAGCAGUAAGCAGCUGGAGGAGGAGCUGAGGGAGCUGGCUGAUAAGAAGGAGAGCGUAGCGCACUGGGAGGCCCAGAUCACCGAGAUCAUCCAGUGGGUGAGUGAUGAGAAGGAUGCGCGGGGUUAUCUUCAGGCUCUGGCCACCAAGAUGACAGAGGAGUUGGAGGGUCUCAGAAACACCAGCCUGGGAGCCAGAGGCACACAAGACAUGCCCUGGAAGAUGCGCCGCUUCGCCAAGCUGGACAUGUCCGCCCGUCUGGAGCUGCAGUCCGCACUGGACGCUGAGAUCCGCGCCAAGCAGGGCAUCCAGGACGAGCUCAACAAGGUCAAGGCCUCCAGCAUCUCCACUGAGUGUAAACUGCAGGAGGCUGAGAGCAAGAACCAGGAGCUGCAGUCCGAGACGGAGCGGCUGAAGAAAGAGCUGGAGGAGCUCCGCCUCCGGAGAGGCGUCAAGCACCAGGACUCCCAGAAUUCCUUCCUGGCUUUCCUGAACGCACCCACCUCAGGGCUGGAUCAGUUCGAUCGCUCUCCCUCCGUCGGCCCGGGAAGUAAAGGCAGACGUCUGGACUCUGUGGACUACACCCCCUCCAACACUCCAUCUCAUGACGAGGACACGAAGCGUCGAGUGUCCCGCUCCCGUUCCCCAUCCACCAUCAGUGACAUGGAGCCCAUCGAGCUGAUGGACCACCCGUCUCGUGUCCACACCCCCACCAUGCGCUCCGGCUCCAGCUACGGCAGUGUGGGACACUCCUCUCCAAAGCCCAAAGCUCACCAGUUUGUGGUGAAGUCCUUCACCGUGCCGACCAAAUGCAACCAGUGCACCUCCCUCAUGGUGGGCCUCAUCCGGCAGGGCUGCACGUGUGAAGUGUGUAACUUCUCCUGCCAUGUGGCGUGUGCCGACAAGGCCCCUUCAGUCUGCCCCGUGCCACCUGACCAGACCAAGGGCCCCCUGGGCAUCGACCCGCAGAGGGGUAUCGGAACGGCAUAUGAGGGGCAUGUCAGGGUGCCUAAACCCACAGGUGUGAAGAAGGGUUGGCAGCGUGCGCUAGCUGUAGUCUGCGACUUCAAGCUCUUCCUCUACGAGCUGGGAGAAGGCAGGGCUACCCAACCUAGCGUGGUGGUCAGCCAGGUCAUUGACAUGAGGGAUGAGGAGUUCGCUGUCAGCUCUGUUCUAGCCUCUGAUGUCAUCCACGCCAACAGGAAAGACGUCCCCUGCAUAUUUAGAGUGACUGGCUCCCAGAUGUCGGCGUCUCCAGGCCAGAAGGCCUCCAUCCUCAUCCUGGCCGACAGUGACCACGAGCGCAACAAGUGGGUGGGGCUGCUGAGCGAGCUGCAGCGAAUCCUGCGCAAGCACAAGCUGAAGGAGCGCUCGGUCUACGCCCCCAAGGAGGCCUACGACAACACCCUGCCCCUCAUCAAGGGCACCCAGACCGCAGCCAUCAUCGAUCACGAGCGCGUCGCCCUUGGCAACGAAGAGGGUCUGUUCGUCAUCCACGUCACCAAAGAUGAGAUCAUCCGGGUGGGCGACAGUAAGAAGGUGCACCAGGUGGAGCUGAUCGGUCCGGAGCAGCUGCUGGCCGUGGUGUCCGGUCGGAACCGGCACGUGCGUCUGCUGCCGGCCGCCUCGGUGGACGGCCGUGACGGCGAGCCCUUCAAGCUGGCCGACACCAAGGGCUGCCAGGCACUGACCUGGGGACAGGUGCGCCACGGCGCCCUCACCUGCCUCUGCGUGGCCAUGAAGCGCCAGGUCAUCGUCUACGAGCUCAACAAGAGCAAGAGCCGCCACCGCCGCGUCCGAGAGAUCCAGGUGCCCGGCGUGGUCCAGUGGAUGGCGGUGCAGAGCGAGCGCCUGUGCGUGGGCUGGCAGUCCGGCUUCGCCCGCUACACGCUGCCCGGCGAGGGCUCGACGGGGUCCUCCUCGGGCGGCGUGAGCCUGCUGCACCCCGAGGACCCCACGCUCACCUUCCUGAGCCAGCAGGCGGGGCCCGGCUCCGACGCCCUGUGCGCCGUGGAGCUCUCGCCCAAGGAGCUGCUGCUCUGCUUCGGCAGCCUGGGCGUCUACGUGGACUGGCAGGGACGGCGCUCGCGCCAGCAGGAGCUGAUGUGGCCCGCCGUGCCCACUGCCUGCUGCUUCAGCGCCCCCUAUCUGUCGGUGUACAGCGAGAACGCCGUGGAUGUGUUCGACGUGAACAGCAUGGAGUGGAUCCAGACCAUCCCGCUGAAGAAGGCUCGACCUUUGAACGUCGACGGAUCGCUGAACUUGUUGGGUUGGGAGACAGUGCGACUGGUCUACUUCAGAAACAAAAUGGCCGAGGGGGAUGAGCUGGUGGUGCCGGAGGUCCGUGAGAACAGUAGGAAGCAGAUGGUGCGGAGCAUCAACAACAAGAGACGCUUCUCCUUCAGAGUGCCUGAGGAAGAGAGGCUACAGCAGAGGAGGGAGAUGCUGCGAGACCCAGAGAUGAGGAGCAAGCUCAUCUCCAACCCCACCAACUUCAACCACGUGGCCCACAUGGGCCCAGGAGACGGCAUCCAUGUCCUCAUGGACCUGCCCAUGAAUGUGCGGGGUCACGAGAACCGGGGUGCAUUCAGCGGUUCCGUCAGCAUCCCCUCCAUCAACAAGAACCGCGGAGAACCAGGCCGAUCCAUGAGUGCCAGCAGUGGGCUGGGCAUACGCUCUAACUCUCAGAACGGUAAUGCCCUGAGGCGGGAGUUCUCCGGCAGCAGCUACAGCAGCUCCAAGCGCCAGACCAUGACCUCGCCGUCCGAGAGCUCGCUGUCCUCUGGAGGGGGCAUGGAUGUGGGGGACGCACCCCUCUCACAGUUCGACCGCGAGUGGCAGACCGUAUCGCCUUCUGAGAAGACCCCCGAUCUGAAAAGAGCUUUAAGGACCUUGCUUAGUAAGAUGAAGGACUCGGACUCUCCGCGUCACUCCACGGCCUCCAACAGCUCCACCUUCAGCAGCCCUCCAAGCCCGGCCUCCCCGCACAAGACCAAGUCCCUCUCCUUAGAGAGCACAGAUCGCACCGCCUGGGACACAUGAGGGGACACGACGCGCUCCUGGACACCACCCACCCCCCAAACUCCAUCCCAUAAUAACCCUUCCCCACCUCUCUCUCUACCUCUCUCUCUCUAUCUCUCUGUCUCUCUCUCCACAGAACUCCUACCCCUCCCACUGUCCUUCCUGCCCACUUCCUUGUUGUGUUCUUCGCCAAUAGCACUCCAAGCUCUGCCCUCUGUCUUAAAGGCGCUUAACAGACCACUCCCCCCUCCACACACACCCCGCAACCCCCACCCCAGCCAUGCCACGCCACCCCCAGUAGGGAGAGGCCACUGUUAUUAUGCUAUGAGUGUGUAUGCGUAUCGAGAUGGACGCAUUUGUGUGUCUGCGUGUGUGUGUGUGUGUGUGUUUGUGUGUGUGAGUGUGAGCAAGAGUGUGUGUUUGUGCAAGGAAAAAAUAGUUCCCCUGCCCCUCUUUCUACAGACCUGCUUUGUAACUGGAACUGGGACAGAGAUGAAAUUGAAUCACAUAUUUGGUGGUCUUGAACUUAAGUCCCUUGGCUACCAACAGGACAACGCAUCCCAUUGUUGGAGACGGGGAGAUUUUACACUCUGUGAAUGGUAUCUGUACAUAAUAUCAUUUGGGGGGUGAACCCCUUAUUUAUUACCCCGUCUGAGACCCCACAAAGUGAAACGACAGCAAUCAGCACCUGCGUCCCCCCAACACCCCUUUGGCCUGUGAUUUGCAGACUGAACCAACUGGCCAAAGUAAAAGGGGGGUUUCACUGUUAACGCAACACAAAUGCCACCUCAUCUCAUUCUAUCUCCUCAGCACAGCGAUGUGUGCAAGUACGACGCCUUUGUUUCAUCAGCAAGAGAGAAAAAAAGCUUAAACUGCCUAACAUGGACUGACACUUACUUACCCAUUGCAACUACAUAGACAGACGCACACAUGCACACAUACACUGCAUUCACCCACAGUCUGCUGUCUUCCUGCUAUAGAACCUUAGGGAUGCUAUGGACGACGCCUGUCAAGAUAUCAAACAUAAUGACCACUCCUACUUUUACGCGAGUCAAUCUCCUUCCUAUAGUUUUAGACCAAUCAGCACAGCCCUUUGCAUCACGGACACGCCCACAUAUCCAGUGAUGUACAUACAUUAAAAAGUAGAGUAUAAUAUAUGAUAAUAAGAAAAUAUUAUAGAACAGCGGGAAAAAACUAUGAGAAGGGAUGACACUCAUUCUGUUCUUGAGAAUAUCCAGAAGAGGAGUCACUCAAGGCUGUCUUUUAAAACCACUUUCUCUGUUUUUGUUUGAUGCAUCUUCUGUUUUUUUUUUUUUUUUGUUCCUUUUGCAUUUUAGAAUUGUUUUUAUUUAAUUCUCAGACUGGUGGAAUGUUUUGUUUUUUUUCUCUCUCUGUCAAGUCACGGAGGAAAACCUUUUAAUUAUGCAUAACAGUUUACAAUGUUUCCGUAUGUUUACCUUCCACUUGCACGUACUGUCAAUUCUUUGGCUCUUCCACUUCAGAUGCUAAACUUUCCUCGCAGCGAUUGUUACUGAUAUUACCGAAUGUGCAUCGCCUUCCACAUGCGCUAGACUAGUCUGACAUUGUGCACAAGUAAGACAUCUUGAUGUUUCACCUUGUCAACAGUUUUGGAAACUGGAAAAAAAUGUUACGUGACCACACAAAAAGUUAUAUAAGAUUGUUUGGUUAGUUUGGAAUUGCCACAGAAUUGUAAAAAAGACACUUGUAAAAAAAAUUAUGUAAAACCAACUGCUCACUGUGGGAAUUUUUUGACUGUUGUCAUGACCACUGCAGAUGCAUUGUUAAGGCUUGGUGUACUUGAAUUUUUUGACAGAAUGCUCAUAGGUGUUUGUCGGACCUUAGCAGAAGGACUAGUUUGACCUAUGUUUAAAUGAUGGGACCUAGCUAUAUUCACGACUACAGUAAUAGACUCUAGUUUGAAGAGAAUGAAGAGAGGGGCAUCGGAAUGUACCACUUUUGUUGUUCAUAACAACCCUCUGUAUUCUAAUAUUCUACCAAGACGACCAAUGUGAAUUUACAUUCCUUAAACUCAUUACUACAGACAACAGACCAAACUGUCCAAGAAAUGACAUUCUUUCAUAAACUUGAAGGUAACUGGGGAGUUCUCUUAUAUAGGUUUGUUUUCAUCCAUCGAGUUGUGUUUUUAUCCACUUUUAAACAAUGUCUUGUAAUUACGUCAACAAUGCUAAUCUGGAAAGGAGGGUUGUGGAAGUACUGUCUUUAACAAUGACUAUUGUAAUCCUGUGAUUUCUAAAUGGGACUACCACACAAACUUUAAAAACUGCACAAUCAUUAUCAUCUCAGUUAUAAAUGGGUGUAAUGCACUCCAUAUAAUGGUCAUGAUUUUAUUGUUACCAAAAAGCCCAGCUGGAUGCAGUAGAAUUAGUCUUUUGAAGCCCCUAUUUGUACGCUUGGGUAUAGAUAUGCCCAUGUUUACCCUCCCCUGCCCACAUACAUAGAAUUUGUUGAAUGUGAAGAGAUGAGCUCUUGCAUACAUGGAAGGUAUGGAGAAAAGGCAAAUGGAUGGCAAGUCUUUGACUAGCACCCUUCUCAGGUUAGUCUGACCCCCACUAACACUAGCAUGUCUGAGUACUUCUGAGGGGCAGCUGUGUUUGACCAAAAUGACAGCAUCUGGAAGUUUUAUUAAAGUGGCACACUAUAGGAGCUUUUUUAAAAGGGCUCGCAGGCCAUCACUGACUGGAGGGGUUUGGUUUGGAAGAGGACACAGUAGACAUUUUAGAGGGGAUUGUUCUGAAGAGAAAUUGCCUUUGAAACUUCAGUUUGUCUUCGCUCACUCACCUUUUUUUAAGGAAUUACCUUGUAAUAAGUUGUACAGUUUUUUUUGCAUGUCAUAGGUGUAAUCAUUUCUUGGGGUUCGGUUUUGUUAUACUGUUACGCAAAAAUUAAAUUCACUCAAGUGAUGAGCUUUGGGCAAGGUUCUAUGAGGGUUGUCCAACACAGGUAGAUUUUUUUCUUUUUUUUUUGCACAGAGAUAUUUAAGGUGGUAGGUCAACCGAAUAAUGUAUGAAACUGGCCGCCACAUGUUUGUGGAGAAAUUAUUAUAUUAACCUGACUCCGAUGUAAUUCAAUAAAAGCGGAGGGAUAUUAAA